AUGAUAUCUUACCCAUUGCGAGAAUAUAUUUCAUCCAAGAAAGAUGAUGAUUAUCAUCGACCAUCUUCAUCAGCCAAAAAGAAUACUUAUACUGAAAAAACUAAUUCUAAUCGAUUAAUUUAUUUUGUUAUUUUUCUUAUUCUAUUAUUGAUAUUUUCUGUGUGUUAUUCAUAUUAUUCAUAUAUUGAUCCGACUUGUUUUAAUAAAGAAUGUACAGAUUUUGUAUGUCAUGCUUAUGCUCAAGGUUUAAUUGGUGGUCACUUAUGUCCAGAUUUAUGUACAGCAAGAACUUUACAAUUACAAAAUUGUCUAGGUGAACAUAAACAUUUUCGAUCUAGAUUAUUUGAUGAUAACGAAGGGCAACAAGUUAUUCGUUGUUAUUUGAGACAUCCAUUAAGUAAAUCAAAUCCAUCGGGAGAUGUUAAAAAUCAUUUUAAUUUCCCGAAUGAUGAAUCAACACUUGAUGUACUUUAUAAUGGACUUCAACAACAUAUUCAGAAAAUAAUUGCAUUCGAUAAUUCCGAAAUUUUAAUUGAUGCAUUAAUGAGCUUUGCUGAUUUUAAUAAAGAUGGAAAAAUCAGUUUAUCAGAAGCACGUAGUAUUUGGUCACUUGUACAAAUUGAUGAAUUUAUUUAUACAAUAUUAUUAUCUGAUAAAGCUUAUACACCAAAAAUUGUUGGAACAUGUGGACAUAUCUUUGCUCUUGAAAAAGUUGUUAAUCCAGAUUUGCCUUUCGAUGAUAAGAAAGAAUUAUUUUCAUCAUCUGAACGACCUAAUUGGUAUCAAAGAGUACGAUUAGCAAUUGGAAUUCUUGAGUAUUUCAGUGAUACAUGGCAUCAUCAAGAUACCGAUCAACAUUUAUAUUUAUGUCAACCAUUAAUUAAAUCAUUUGGUUAUGAUAAAGAUUAUGAAUCAAAAAUGUUGAAAUUAAAUCAUAUAGUAUCAUCCAAAUCAAUAAUAUCACGUCUUCCAAAUCAAUGCCAUACAAAUAAAGAUUGUUUAUAUGAUUCAUAUUGUCAUGCAUCAUGUAAUAUGUCAACAAAUACGUGUCAAAUGAAAGGAUUUAAUAGAGAUUCUUUAGGUGAAUUAUGUUCAUUAAUAUCAUCACUUGUUGUACCGGAAGCUAAUUCGACAUUUUUAACAAAUUUUAAUGUACUUAUUCGACAAUGCCAACAAAUUGUUACUGACGAAAGUAGUUUUGAUAAUGAUUAUAUUGAUUUAACAUCAUUACAAAUUCGAAAAACGCUUAUUUUACAAAAUUUAAAAAAUCUUCUCUGGGCAAAUAUUGAAUAUCAGAUGAAUAAAAUAACAAAGAAAUCAAGCAAAAAACCAGCACCGCCGCCUCUUCACGCAAAGAAAUAA